CGCUGCCCCCAUGCCCUCACCAUGCCUCAGUUUCCCCCUUGCCAAGGCCAUGGCUCUCCCAGCUUUCCUUCCUUCCCAGGAAAGGGGAGGGAGCUUCCCCUGUUGCUUCCCCACAUCCCCGCGGCUGAGCCAGGAGACUGUGACGAGCUCCGGGUGCGCGGAGCCAGCGGCGGAUUCCUGGCACCGGCGGGGCGGCCGGCAGCCAUCGCCCGCCUCCUCCUCCCCGCUCGGCCCCGCUCGCUCCCCGCCGUUCCCCCCGGGCUGCACCACAGUGGUGGGCACCGGGCGGUGACGCUGGCACAGCCACGCAGCCCCCAGCCCUCCCCUGCCUCCGGAUCCCAGGCCAGCGGGGACAACGGGAGAGAGGAGCAGGGACAGGCCUUCCCAUGGUGUCUGCUCCCUGCCCACCGCCACUGCCGCCCUCACCAGCCCAGGCACAUGUGGGUGAAGAGAAGGAUCCGUGCUGGGUGCUGUUUCCACACCCUCUGCCGCGGUACCUCCCUGGGACCCCAGGUCUCGUCCUCACACCUGUGGGAACGGUCCUGUGGUCCCGUUCUGGGAUUGCCCUCUACACUGGGAUUUAAGGAUGCCAAAGGCACACGUUGUGGGGUGCGUGAGUCUGACAUCGCAGGGCGCAGCGCAGAUUUGGGGGGAUGCUGAGGGGAGAUGUGUCCUUUGUCCCGGGGGUGCCAAGAGGCCUGGGAGGGGUCCCCAGAAUUCCCCACUCCCAGGAGAUGCCCCGUGCCAGGGGAGAGCCUAUGGUGUGGGGGAGAUGAGGGCUUGCAGGGGACUCAUGUCCUGGGGGAGUGUGGGGAGGGAUGUGUAUUGGGGUGUACUCAUGGUGCCCAGGAAUACCCCCAGCCCCACGGAGGGGUGUGUGGGUUCUGCAUUGCCUCAGUGAGUGUUGCGUGACCGUGGGGGGGUCCCCUGCAUGCCAAGCUCAUGGGGGUGCCCCACGCCCUGAGUGGGGGCACAUGGGUGAAGGGGUGGCCCUUCACCCUCAUGCUCCAGGGUUGCCAUGUGAGUGGGGGGCUCCUCAGGAUGCUCCAUACCCGAGGUACCCCAUAUCUGGGAGGAGACCAAUGGAUCGGGGGGGUCCCAGGGAUGCUCCAUGCCAAGGGGUCCCCAUGGUGCUUAAUGAACGGGGGGCUCCCUAGGACACCCAUGGGCGGAG